AUGUCUGGUUGUUCUACGAUCACGACUUUAUUUCCUAGAUGUUUGACGAGCUUUUUGUUUGCAUACACUGGAAUAGUUACGAUUCUAUCAGUGGAUGUCGUUCCAUCUGAGCUGAUAGCACUAGUGGUCCUAGGAUUAAUCGUUCUAUGUCUCUACACAUACGCCAAGGUAAUCUAUAGUGGUGCCGGCAGUCCAUUAGACUUUCCUGAAUUGCGCAUAAAUGAUAUACAAGCUGCGGAAGAUGGCAUUGAGCUUCCUCCGCGAUUUCUUUCUCAAAGGUCGUUCACAUUGAAGCACAACGGGCGGUUUAGAUUUUGCAGGACAUGUCGUGUUUGGAAACCAGAUCGUUGCCACCACUGUUCAGCAUGCAAUAAGUGCUUCUUGAAAAUGGAUCAUCACUGUCCAUGGUUUCCCGUUUGUAUCGGCUUCAACAAUCAAAAGUACUUCAUGCAAUUUUUGAUCUAUACUACCUUUUAUGCCAUUAUGAUUUUUUAUCUUUCUGGCUCCCAAAUACUAAACUGGAUUAAGGAAAAACAAUAUGAAAGAGAAACGAUCAAUCUUCCCUUACUUGUAGUGUGGCUACUCUCUGUGGUCAUUUCGAUAUCUCUGAUUGCGUUUACCUCAUAUACCGGUUAUAUGCUAACAAGAAAUCAAACAACGAUAGAAAUGUAUGAGCACACUUAUAAACGAGAUCAGUUGGAAGUAUACAAUGACAGCAGGAGGAUAGAAAAUGAGUCUUCCGAAAACAUAUUCGAUUUAGGGUCGAGGAUUGCCAACUGGGAAUGUGUUAUGGGAAGGUCGUGGCUUGAACUAUUACUGCCCAUGCCCAGAAAAGCGCAAGUUCAAAGUAGGCACACUUUGGAGGAAAAGGGACUAUUCUUCAAGGUCAAUAACGAUGUAUAUCAGGCAAUUAAUACUAGUCGUGACUUACAGGAACAGCUGAUGAGAAGACUCACUCCUAGGUCUUCAUCUGAAGCUAAUAGAUUCUAG